UCGUUACUAGCAUUUUCGGCGCCCUUGAGUUCGUCGAGGUUAUCACGCGUUUGUAACCAUGACCCAAGGUUUUGUUAGUAAUGUUUCUGGUGGAUCUAGCGGUAAAGCCAAGGAAGGUCAGUAUGAAGAUAAAGGGAAACCUGCUGCCAUCAGGUCAAGCAACAUAGUUGCUGCCAAAGCUGUCGCCGAUGCAAUUCGUACUAGCCUAGGACCCAAAGGAAUGGAUAAGAUGAUACAAGAGGCGAAAGGUGAUGUCACUAUUACUAAUGAUGGAGCCACGAUAUUGAAACAAAUGAAGCUUCUUCACCCUGCAGCCAAAAUGUUGGUAGAAUUAUCGAAAGCUCAAGACAUCGAGGCAGGUGAUGGUACCACUUCCGUAGUUGUUCUAGCAGGAAGUCUUCUUGAUGCUUGCUCAAAACUGCUAGAUAAAGGUAUCCACCCGACCUCCAUCUCAGACGCCUUCCAAAAAGCUGCAUUAAAGGCUUGUGAUAUCCUGGAGAGUAUGUCUAUCCCUGUAGAUCUGGGAAACCACGAAGAACUUAUCAAAGUGGCUACAACCUCACUUAAUUCCAAAAUCGUCUCACAACAUUCGGAUUGCUUGGCACCCAUAGCCGUAAAAUCUGUCUUGGAUGUUUUGGACCCAGCCUAUCCUAACUCCGUCUCUCUAGAUGAUAUACGUGUCGUGAAAAAACUUGGAGGCACAGUCGAAGACACCAAGUUAGUCGACGGUCUUAUACUCACCCAACGUGCUGAGUCUGCUUGUGGCGUUAAAAGAGUAGAGAAAGCGAAAAUAGCUCUUAUUCAGUUUUGUAUCUCUCCUCCAAAAACAGAUAUGGAAAAUAAUGUCGUCAUCACAGAUUAUACUCAGAUGGAUAGAAUCAUGAAGGAAGAAAGACAAUACAUUCUCAACAUCAUCAAAGCUGUUAAAAAGGCUGGGUGUAAUGUCUUGUUGAUUCAGAAAAGCAUUUUGCGAGAUGCUGUAAAUGAAUUGGCUCUCCAUUACUUUAAUAAAAUGAAAAUUAUGGUUGUCAAAGAUAUCGAGCGAACAGAAGUAGAAUUUAUAUGCAAGACACUGCAUUGCAUACCAAUAGCAAGUCUAGACCAUUUCAACCCAGAAUAUAUGGGAUCUGCCAGUUUGGUUGAAGAAUCAGAGGCAACCGCUCAUUGCGUUCACAUCACAGGUAUUGAAAACAGAGGAAGGACAAUAUCAAUCUUGGUCCGGGGUUCCAAUAAACUUAUGUUGGAUGAAGCUGAACGUUCAUUGCAUGAUGCCCUUUGUGUUAUUCGAUGUUUAGUAAAAAAGAGAGCUAUGAUCUCAGGUGGUGGUGCACCAGAAAUCGAAAUUGCCCAGAAGUUAGCUGCAUUCGCUAACACUACACCUGGUCUUGAUCAAUAUUGUUUCCGUGCCUUCGCUGAUGCAUUCGAAGUUAUUCCGUACACAUUAGCAGAAAAUGCUGGUUUGAGUCCUAUACAAACUGUUACUGAACUACGAGCUUUACAUGCUAAAGGGGAGAAAAAUGCUGGGAUCAAUGUUCGAACGGGCGCUGUCGUGGAUAUUUUGGCACAAAACGUGAUUCAACCAAUGCUGGUCAGUUACAGCGCUGUUACUUUAGCUACAGAGACUGUACGUAGCAUCCUCAAGAUAGAUGAUGUGAUCAACGCAAUCAGGAAUUAAGCAAUUUUGUAUGGCUCCGAUACUAAAUAUGUGGAACUUCUUAUUGUUUUCAUGAAAUAUAAUGUUUUAUCGAAUUCAGUAGUUAUCUUCAUAUUCAGUCCAAAACUUCAAAUAUUCCAAACCUUCAUGUGUUACUCACAUGUCUAAACAUAUUUCUAGUGAAGUUGACUAGAUAUGCAGUAUUGUAAUUAUACAGGUGUUUAGUUUCAACUUUAAAAGUCCUUUUCCUAUCUCAAUUUAAUAGCCACCUAAUAAUCACGACUAUAAAAAUGUAAUCUUAAAUCUAAUCUACAAAUGUGAAAUUAUCAUUAACCACUACUUGACAAAACGGUAUGAUUGCAAUAAAUCAUUUUUCAUC